AUGCUGGACGAGCGGCCGGCGCUGAUAGGCAUUAUCAACUCUAAGAACGGGUUCACGCCUCUCGCCACCGCCGUAAGGAAAGGAGAUAUAAACACGGUGCGGUUCCUGCUAAGCGCGGGCGCAGAGAUCGAGCAGCGCUCGGCUACGGGCCAAUCAGCGCUGCACAUCGCGGUACUCAACGCUAACAUCCCCAUCGUGCAGCUGUUGUUGGAACAAGGAGCGGACUUCGGGGGGCGAGACCUGAACGACCUCCGAGUAGAACACUACGCAGUGGACUCGUGCAGCCUCGAGAUGCUGCGCUACAUCCUGGGCAGAGGGGGCGACGUGCACGUCGAGGACAGCAACGGUUGGACGCCACUCUUCAGAGCGUUGUGCCAGAACGCAGCAACGGAGGUGAUCGAAGAGCUGGUGGUGCGCGGCAGCUCGCUGGAGCUGGCCGACCGCGCCGGACUGCCGCUCACCUCCGCUGCGCGCCUCCUGCGCGAUCGCCAAGGGCGCGGCCGCGACUCCGUGCUGAGGCUAGUGGACACCAGCUACCCGCACGAGAAGGCGCUGGCUAACUUCACGCGCCUCACCAAGAAGAUCUACAACGUGCACUCACUGCUCAAGCUGCCCAGCCCGAGGAACAAGAACUAA